AUGGCUAUUCUCGCGCUCUUGUACCAAUCAGAAGUCGAACCACGUACACCGACCUCGCAAACGUUGGUCCUUGUGCUCCCGAAGACCUAUCAGAGUCCCAUCGGUGAUCUCCAUUCUCCGGUCAUUGGAAGAAACUCAGGUGGAGACGAAAGUUCGCGCUUCCCCACGCGCCUGAUCGCAUUCCGUGCGUGGCUCGAUGCGUGCGGAGGCAAAGGCGAUGCAACGCUGGGAGCUCCCCGGGCGGCUCUUUAA